AAGUGUCAAACAAAAACAAUUCGUUUAAAAAUUUAUUUCAUAUUUAAAUAUAUUUUGACAACGAAAUCCUCUAAAUAUGUGUUUUUUUGGCUUCAUCACGCGUUUCCUGGUAAUCAUCUUUGGCAUCUUGGUGCCGGCACGCUACACGCACAAAGCGCUGGGCGAGGAGGAGCUGAAUGCGUGGGGCAAGUACUGGGUUGUCUAUGCGUGGCUUGUGUGCAUGGAGGUAGCUGGAGACACUCUCUUCAAUUGGCUGCCAUUGUAUGUGGAGACGAAGCUGCUGAUCGUGCUUUGGUUGGUCAUCUCCGCGCCCCAGGCCAGCGUCUGGGUCUUCGAUUCGAUUCUGAAUCCAUUGUUGGGGCGCUAUAUGUUGCGGAUUGAUGAUAUUCUGCUGCACGGCAAGCGGCAUCUGCUGGGCGAUGCCCUCAGCUACUCAUUGCAACUGUGUUCGCGCAGUAUGGACACAAUAGUUCCCAAAAUCUCGGAAAUUUGGAAAAGGGCAAGCCAAGCGCGUAUGAUCAGUUCUACUGGCGUGGACACAGCCACCGAGGCUAGCAAUCCCCCCUUUCAAGAAGCGGAAACCGUGACCAAUACUAAUACAAAUGUGUAUUUUGAUCCAAGCAUCGACGACGAAUCGAUUGAUGUGGCACAACAGCCUACCUCAUAUUCCAAUACCUAUCUACCGGAGCAAAGAAAUAAGUUGUCGAAGCUUUCGCUGCCAGACCUGGCCACGAAGUUGAACGACAAGGCAAUUCGGCCAUCGAUCAGCCGCCCCUUAAUGAAGCAAUUUGUAUACAACAUGCCGGUCGAGGAUCUCACCAUAAGUGAGGACCCACUUUCGGAUAUGGAGGAUCUGCUGAAGAGCGAGCGCAUCGCCGCUGAGCUGCGUCAUCGUCCGAUAUCCAUGCUGAGAGAUCAUCGCCGUCACUAUCAAUAGGUUUCGCAACAUAGCACUAUCUGUAUUCCACUAAAUUCACUGUUAAGCGACUGUUAACUCCUCUGUUAGGCAGCGAACUUUUGAAAGCCUGCUAAUACGUUAACAUGACGUCAUUUGCAGAGUCUCAAAACUCUAUUCGGACGCAGGGUUAUCGAUUAAAUAAAUCAUUUGAAUCUAAACAA